UUAACCUUGCCAAUAACUUUUGAACUGUAAGUGAUAGAGCUUUGAUAUUUCACAUGAGUAUUCCUUGUGACAAGACCUUUCCGUGAGUACCAACAUUUUUGACCCUGUAACCUUGACCUUUGAGUUUGACCUACUUUUUGAAAACUUUAACUUUGCUUAUAACUUUUGAACAGUAAGUGGUAGAGCUUUAAUAUUUCACAUGAGCAUUCCUUGUGACAAGACCUUUCUGUGAGUACCAACACUUUUGACCCUUUGACCUACUUUUUGAAAACUUUAACCUUGUUAAUAACUUUUGAACUGUAAGUGAUAGAGCUUUGAUAUUUCACAUGAGUAUUCCUUGUGACAAGACCUUUCCGUGAGUACCAACAUUUUUGACCCUGUAACCUUGACCUUUGAGUUUGACCUACUUUUUGAAAACUUUAACUUUGCUUAUAACUUUUGAACAGUAAGUGGUAGAGCUUUAAUAUUUCACAUGAGCAUUCCUUGUGACAAGACCUUUCCGUGAGUACCAACACUUUUGACCCUUUGACCUUGGAGUUUGACCUACUUUUUGAAAACUUUAACCUUGUUAAUAACUUUUGAACUGUAAGUGAUAGAGCUUUGAUAUUUCACAUGAGUAUUCCUUGUGACAAGGCCUUUUCGUUGUUACUAAACCUUUUGACCUUGACAUUUGACCUACUUUUAGUUUUAUUUUUACAUUGGUCAUAACUUCUAAAUGGUAAAUAUUAGAGCUUUAAUAUUAUACAUGAGCAUUUCUUGUGACACGAUCUUUCUACUGGUACCAAGAUAUUUGUCCUUGUGACCUUAGCCAUUUUUGGGAUUGUCCAUUAUCGGGGACAUUUGUGUUUCACAAACACAUCUUGUUUCCCCUUGCUUUUGCAUAACUAAGUUGAUUUGACUGAAGGUUUUAUUCAUGUAUUUUUAAAGAUGUCAGAUUUCUUUCUAAAAUGUGAUUGAAAGCUGCUUUCAAAAACUAUUAAAACACACAAUUCUUUUUACUUUUCUAGGCACUGCAUUGUAUUAUUUUUGGCACAUUAAUAUACUUUUUGUGUAUCAUUCUUGUACUUUUUUUGAAAUACAAAAUGUAUUUUUUUUUGUAUUUUUUCAAAUAUCUAUUGUUUUUAUACUUUUUUUUGGGUAAUGUAUUAUUUCUAUUCCCCAUCUUUGAAUACUUAGAUGUUGAUACAAAAUUAAUACAAUUCAUAUUUUUUUCCUAUUUUAAUUUUUCAAGGUGAACCAAAUAAUACAAAAAUAAUAUGUUGAUACAAAAUUAAUACAAAUCAUAAUUUUUUCCUAUUUUUUCAAGGUGAACCAAAUAAUACAAAAUUAAUAUGUUGAUACAAAAUUAAUACACUUUGUUUUUUUUUUUUUGUACUUUUUUAAUCCUACUCCAAAAUGUAUUAUUUUUGUACUUUAAAUUGGGAUUUAAUACAUAAAUAAUACAAGAGUAUAGAAAUAAUACAUCAAAUGUAUCAUUUUUGUAUUUUUACUAAGAAAUAAAGUAUAUUAAAAAUAUAUUUUUGUGUGUUUCAUUAUUUAGAAAGUGUAUUAUUUUUGACCUAAUUUGGAACCAAGAUUUAGAUGGUUCCAAAUUUGGUCAUUAAAAAUAUAUUUUUUUUGUAUCAUUUUAGUAUUAUUUUCUUGUAUCAUUUUCAUAUUUAUUUUCGAUAUGGGUAAUUAUUCAAAAAGUUUGUAAAUUGGUUGGAAAAGCUGUUGAUCGUGUUCCUUCUCGACAAACUGUAGACAGAAUUUCAGUGCAAAAAGUGGCAGUUGUACAAACACAGUUACAGUCACUUGUAGGGGAAAGUGACUUGACAUUGUAUACGGAUGAAACUUCUAAAUUUGGAAAGUCAUAUGGCGUGUUUGCUGUCACCGACACAGAAAAGAACACCUACUUAUUAGGAUUACGAGAGAUGUCAUCGAAAAGUGCAAAAACAACCUUAGACACUUUCAAUGAAAUACUGGAGGACAAAAAUGAUGUUUGUUCAUUAAGAGAGGAAAAGACUGACACAAACAAUAGAGGAUACAAAAUUCUAUCUGGAAUCAAAAAUACAAUGUCAGACAGAGCUUCGACUGAGAAAAAGUUCAAUGAGCUACUCGAAGAAUACAGAUCAAACAUUCUCCCCAAUGUAAUUGAAGGCUGGAUAGACAUGACAGAGGAUGAACACAGAUCUGUUAGUAGAAUGAACAAUUUUUUCUGUGGACUUCAUUUGUUAGUGGGAGCUGCUGACACGUGUGCUGAGACACUAAGAAAAUAUGAAGCUUGCAGUUUUAAAGGUGAAAAAGUGGGAGCUCGAUGUGAAGAUAGUGACGAGAUUGUGUCCCAAGAAGCAGGUGUCAUCAGGCUCAUCAGGACAUGUAGCAAGGCAUUUGGAAGAGGGAUGGACGAAAAGAGUGGAUGCUUUUUAGACUUUCAAACAUACUGCUCUCAACAUAAAGUUCCAACACUUUUUGUGCGUUACAGACACAACCGGUUCAACAUUUUCUUUUUAUUAGCACAGUAUGUGUACUUCCAUCGUGAGAGAAUCAUCGAUUUCUUGAAGGAAAAGCAUGGUGCCACUAACCGCCUUUUGAGCACCAUACUUUGUGAUGUGCAAGUGCCUCUAUUCAUUUCUGGUUGUCGAGUACUAGGACUAAUUUCUAAACUUAUUACAGCACCCUUGUGGCACCUAAUUGAGCAAGAUAGUCAUAUUUUGGGCAUGAACAGGCAUUUUCUUGAACUUUACACAGUGAGCAGUCCACAGAUGCUAGUGAGUUUUAUGAAUGGAAACAGCCCAUUUCCAGAUAUGGUGGAACAUGACUCCAUUUUGCAUGAACUGACUCGGGUUAAAGACUCUGAAGAUUCUGUCCAAGCCGAAUCCAUUGCACAAACUUUGUUCACAAGCUUAAAGAGGUUGUUAGAGAGACAAUUGAAGGACCAGUUACCAGGAGGAAAAUAUGCUAAUGCAAGUGACGAAAUUAAAAAGGAAACGCUGUCAACAUUGUAGCACAACAAACUCCCAGAGUUCUUAUUUGGUCAGCUUGAUUACAUUGUUAGAUGUCGACCAAAUGCCUCCAUUCUUGCAAAUGAGGCUUUACUACUUUACUCAUUUAACAAAACAUCUGACUGGUUAAAUGGACUGAGUGAAACUGAGAGAGAUACAGUUAUGAAAGACUCCAUGGAUCAACGGAAAGUGUUGUAUGAAAAGUUCUCUGUGAGGAAAAAAGAAAUUCAAGAGAUCCAGAAGAAAAAAUUAGAAGCAAAGAACAACUCAUCAAAGAAAAAGAGAAGCAUGCACUGAAAGCAAAAGAGAAGCUUACAUCUGAAAUAUGUUAUUAUAGACUUUGGCAGUCAUUGGAAGACAUCGACAAAUUUCUGUCUGAACUAACAACUGAUAAAGAGAAAAAGAUUGCUCUAAAAGCUCAACUGAAUUUCAGAAAAAGGUGUUGAAAAAAACUUCUCCAGAGAAGGGUAUCUAUUUUUUCUCAUAUGUUUUGGAUGGGAAAACUAAACAAUGUUCUGCACAGCAGCUUGCCAGUAAAUUGAAGACUCUUGUAGUUGCUUCUCACACUAUCCCCCCUCCUGAACAUCAGAAUGAAGACAGACGGCCCCUGUUUGUGGACAGAAAAAUUUCUAACACUUUCCACAACGGUGUAUAUGUUGGCCGGGUUAUCUCUGCAGUUCCAGGAUUUCCACAAUGGUUCAAUGUGAUUUAUGAAGGUGAUGAAGCUAUCUACACAUUCAAGUUGUAUGAUGAUUAUGCUUCUGGAGAUCUGAGGAUAAUUGUUGAUUGAGUCUAAAAAAUGACAUUGUUCUCUUUAUUCAUAGCCGUUUUUAUUGUUCGUUGUUACAAGCAGUAACAAUUUGCAUUUCUGGGCCAAAAUUAAAAUUAAGUUUGUUUCCCCUUACCCGACCGACCCGAUUAAAAUCCGCCGACUGAAAUAAUUUUAUCGCCAAAAUCGCGGAGUUUUUUUCUUUCUUCGUUUCGCUCAAAAGUUCUUUUUUUUU